AUGCAAAUCAGAGUUUGGGAUGAAAGCAUUGUAAUAGACGCUGCAGCUCACAUUAUGACCUCCAGUCAACUGUUUACUAUAGCGCGUUACAUGGAACACAGGGGACAUCCAUUCAGGGCCUAUAAACUGGCUGCACUAGCCAUGAAGAAUGUUCAUUUAGCUUAUAAUCAGGAUACACAUCCAGCAAUCAACGAUAUUCAUUGGGCGUGCGCCUUAUCUCAUUCUUUGGGUAAAACAGAAUUAUCUUCUAUGAUACCAUUGUUGGUGAAAAAUGUGCAAUGUGCCACCGUUCUUUCUGAUAUUUUGAGAAGAUGUAGCAUGGCGGCACCACAUUGUCAACCUCCCGAAGGUAAGGGAUCCAAAAGUUGUACUGCCUUGAAACCUUUAUCAUACGACCGGCCGCCCCUACGGCAACUUCUGGACGCCGCCGUAUCAGCGUACAUAAACACUACGCAUUCGCGAUUAACUCAUAUUUCGCCAAGACAUUAUGGAGAUUUCAUCGAUUUCUUAGGCAAAGCUCGUGAUACUUUUAUUUUGGCACAUGAUGGCCACACACAAUUCCAACAACUAAUUGAAAAUAUGAAAUUGGCAUACAAAGGCAAAAAGAAGCUGAUGUUCCUGGUUAAAGAGAGAUUUGGGUGAAACUUGAGAAGAUCUUGGUGAUUCUGUAAUUAUUAUUUCAUUUAAUUGUUGGUAUACUUUUUUCUAAUAAUUUAUUUUAUGGUUAUUUGUUUGAAUGUUUCUUUGAUUCAUGGUAAUCAA